AAUCUCAAGACCUUUCCUGAACCCUCUAUUUGCUGCCUACAUAUACCACUCUCUAAUUCCAUUUCGAGGAUUCUUCUCUACAUUUCCGCUUUCCUAGCUAGCCAAGCAAAGAAGAAGAAGAAGAAGAACGAAGCAGAAGAAAAAAGGGUGUUUUAUUUUUUAAUUUUAGGCUUCUGGGUUGUAGUAAUAAUGGCUAAAGACGGACCCAACUGGGAGGGAUUGCUCAAAUGGAGCCUCGCUCACGCCGAUGGUACUCAGCCCCCUCGUAAUUUGAGCGAGGAGGAUCGAAGAUGGUUCAUGGAGGCUAUGCAAUCACAGACUGUUGAUGUCAUUAAGCGCAUGAAGGAGAUAACUCUUGUUAUGCAAACUCCUGAGCAAGUCUUAGAGGCUCAAGGAGUGACUCCCGCAGAUAUUGAAGAUAUAUUGGAUGAGUUAGAAGAGCACGUGGAGUCUAUUGAUAUGGCCAACGACCUGCACUCAGUCGGUGGUUUGGUCCCUCUUCUUGGUUACCUGAAAAACUCCCAUGCAAAUAUUCGGGCAAAGGCUGCUGAAGUUGUAGCAACUAUUGUACAGAAUAAUCCCCGCAGUCAACAACUAGUCAUGGAAGCUAAUGGCUUAGAACCUCUCCUCUCCAAUUUUACUUCAGACCCUGAUGUGGCUGUUCGAACUAAAGCACUUGGGGCACUAUCUUCUUUAAUCCGGCACAACAAACCGGGUAUCACGGCAUUCCGUCUAGCAAAUGGUUAUGCAGCUUUGAGAGAUGCUUUAGGUUCUGAUAGUGUGAGAUUUCAAAGGAAGGCCCUCAAUUUGAUCCAUUACCUACUGCGUGAGAAUAAUUCAGAUUGCAAUGUAGUAAGUGAGCUAGGCUUUCCUCGCAUGAUGAUGCACCUAGCUUCAAGUGAAGAUGCAGAGGUACGAGAAGCUGCCUUUCGGGGCCUUCUUGAGCUUGCUCGUGACAAGACAGAGGGAGCCAAUGGCAGUCUAGGUGAGGAAGAUGAAAAAUUGAAGCAGCUUCUCCAAGAACGGAUGAAGGGUAUCAGCUUGAUGUCUCCUGAAGAUCUUGCGGCUGCUUGGGAGGAGAGGCAGCUUGUAGAUUCCCUGUGGAAUACAUGUUACAAUGAGCCAUCUUCUCUGCGAGAGAAGGGGCUUCUUGUUCUUCCUGGGGAAGAUGCACUUCCACCUGAUGUUGCCAGCAAGCAUUUUGAACCACCUCUUAGAGCUUGGGCUGCAAACCCAUCUGCUAAAAGUCCCAGUUCUGAAAAGAAACAAACUCCUUUGCUUUUAGGAUCAGGUCCUCCACCUGAUGCUGCAGAUGGUCGGAAUAACUCAGGUGAAGGAGAGGAUGCUAAUGGACAGUUGAAUGGGUAAAACCUAGAGAGAAUAUGGGGCCGGAGCCAGCCUUUGGAGCGUGGGAUUUUUUGUUUUCCUAACGUAUCAUGCCUUUCGUUAUGUAUUUUUUCAGCACAUCUCCCCUGCCUUGUUCUCAUCUCACAUCCGAAUCUUAGGAAUGUUGCCAGA